CGUAAAGUGCAUUGAAAUGAAAACUGAUCGUUGAUUGCCCUAGUUGGCACCUUUCCGUAAGAAGCACAAGUUCUCUCUUUUUCUUUCCACCGUCACCACUCACCAUGCAAUGCAAAUAACCCAAUUAAGAAACCAACCAACCAACGAGGCUUGUUCUGUUGUGUUGUUUGCUUAGUACGUUAAUGGCAAACCAGGUGGUUCCUCGUGAAUCUCACCCUUAUGCCUUUCAUGUCUCUGGCCCUCGCAAGUUCACUUCCCUUAAUUGGAGGGACCUUAUCAUUUCCAGUUGGAAGGAUGCAAAUUAUAAGAGAACUGUCAUUGCCUGCUUUAUACAGGCAGUAUACUUGCUUGAACUUGAUAGACAGGAGAAGAGAACACAAGGAAAUGCUCUUGCCCCAAAUUGGUGGAUUCCCUUCAAAUACAAGCUUAAACAAACACUAAUUGAUGAAAGAGAUGGAUCCAUUUUUGGCACAAUUCUUGAAUGGGAUAGAUCUGCUGCAUUGGCUGACUUAAUACCAAUUAGACCAAGUGGUGCCCCCAGAGCUGUCUUAGCACUCAGAGGAACAUUACUCAAAAGCCCUACAAUGCGAAGAGAUAUCGAAGAUGACCUACGUUUUGUUGCUUGGGAAAGCUUGAAGGGCUCUGUGAGGUUUAAAGCAGCUUUGGAGGUACUAAAAUCGAUUUGUGGUAAAUACGGAAGCAACAACGUAUGCAUUGCAGGGCAUUCCUUGGGGGCUGGUUUUGCUCUUCAAGUGGGAAAAGAACUAGCAAAAGAAGGGACUUAUGUGGAGGCACAUUUGUUUAAUCCACCUUCUGUUUCACUAGCCAUGAGUCUCAAAACUAUUGGAGAAAAGGCUGAGUUUGUGUGGAAUAGGCUUAAAUCCAUGCUUCCUUAUAGUGGUGAGGCUCAAAUCAGCAAUGAUGUAGACAAAACUUCUUCAAGUGUAGGAUUGAAGAGUAGGAUGCCUCAACUAUCUGGUUCUGGUUUGAAAGAUGCAAGUUUGGGGGUAGCAAAAUGGGUUCCUUAUUUGUAUGUUAACAAUGGUGACUAUAUCUGCUGCUAUUACAAUGAUGGUGCUGGCACAAGCACAAAGGUGAAUGUAGGAACUACAAAUGGACAAGUUUCAGCAAAGUUGUUUGUUGUCUCUAAGGAGAAACAGAAGUUUCUUGAGGCUCAUGGCCUGGAACAAUGGUGGUCAAGUGAUGCAGAACUUCAGCAGGUUAUCCAUAGUAGCAAUCUCAUAAGCAGGCAGCUUCGAUCUUUGUACACUGCUGCUCCUUCCCAAGUAAACUUAUAAGCAGGUGGUGAAAUGUAAUUUAAAAUAAAAUAAAAAAAACAAGAUUUGUAUUCCUACAUGUUUUCACUGAAAUUUGAUAUUUGUAGUGUGUUGUAAUUCAUACUAUUUUAUUUUACCACCGAAGCAUCUUAUUUAUCAA